AUGAAUGCGCCGCGUCGCCUGGAGCUCCAGGUCUAUUAUGGUGGCAGCGCAGCGGGUCAAAGGCCACGGCGGCGGGGUGAGCCGAGUUUUGGGGCGAACACAGGGCACCCUCCCCUCCCCACCUCCACUCCGUUCCCCCACCCUGUAGCGAGCGCCGCUGGCGGCGUGGGGCCGCAGGUGCAAUUCAGCGAACAAGUGCCGCGCGCGUGGGAGCCACGCGACAAGCCAGCAGGGCUGCCACCUGCCCCCGCAAUGUUGGCAGCCGUGCCGCCGCCGCCGCCGCCGCCGCCCCCUGCCUCCGCCCCCGCCUCCUCCCGGCCUCCUCAGCAAGUCCCUUUACAUGCAGCACCAGUCUGA